GUCUCAGUUGAUUGCUGCUAGCCUCAACUCCGCAGCCAUGCAGAGCUCGUCCGUCGUGAUGUGUUUCUCCCUCCAGCUUGUGUUGCUUGCGCCGCGGGCGUUGGCAGAAGCCUCGGUGCCCAUGCUCCGCGGCCUCACGCGCGGCCCAGCCGAGCUUCCCAGCUGUACAGAGAAACCCAACUUCCACUUGGCACGUGCUUCGUGGUGUGGGGAGCAGAAGGAGCCCAUGGCAUGUUCCAAGGAGGUGGACAGCCCCAACCCUAUCUGGGACUGCCACCUACAGGCCGAUGGUUGGUGCUCCUUGGGUGGCAGCCCUUGUGCUUGGCCUGAAGGAGCUCCGGCCAGGGAGGUGUCCAGCGACUGGCAGAACCAGAACUCCCAAGGUCAAGCGACGCGCUUUGUCACCUGGAACCUCUACGUCUUCACAUUGGCCGGCCGUAUCCAUCCUGUCGUGGACGAGCUUCUGCGAAUGCAACCAGAGAUCGCAGCCAUUCCAGAGAUGUGGCACGAGAAGGGUGCCAUCCUGGAUCUGCUCAACCAGAGGUCCGGCAGCGUUUGGGCCUUUGCCACAGGAGGAGCCACCGAGCAAUUCAAUGAUGCAGACAUCUUGUUCAGGACUGACAAGUGGGAGCACAUUGCUAGCGACCUUGUUCCGUUCUCGGCAGGGCGUGCUAUUAAUUGGGCAGCCUUGAGGCGAAAGUCAGAUGGCUACACGCUUAUUGCAUCUGGGACACAUCCCCUUUGCUGUCAGGGCGACUACGUCAUCACAGAGGCUGUCGAUUUCGUGACCAAGACCCUAAGUCAGGUGCAGAACCGUCAUCCGUACCCAAUCGUCCUCAUGGGGGACUUGAACACCGGCUACUUCCAGCCUUCGCAGCAGCUUUUGAGACAAGGGCAGGUUGAGGCCUUUGGGCGCCAUUGGCAAAUUCCAAUGACGUUCACAGAUGCAUGGGCCGAGCUUCAUCCCGGCAAUCCGGACCCCUCCACGAUCAACGAUGACCCGGUGCGACUGGAUUAUGUGUACUUCCAGAAGACGCCGCUUUCCGUGGGCCAGUCCAUCGUGCAGUCUCAGAUAUGGCCGCGAGCCGCAGGCAGCGACCAUCGCGCGGUCUCCGGGGAUGUUGUGCUCAACCGGGAGCAGCAUUUCACCUUCGAGUAUGACGUCGGCGUCUGGGCCAUGGGUUCAGUUCAAGUCCUGAAGGACCGCCGAUCCGGGGUUCUCAAAACGUGCCGCUCCAUCUUCAAGCCGCGUCUCACGAAUGUCUGGGCGGCUUCGCAGGAGCUUGCGAAGCUGAAGAUGCUGCAGCACCCCAUGCUCUCCGCUGUCACUGACGUUUUGGAGGACUCUGAGUAUCUGUUCGUCGUCUCGCUCCGUGCCAACGGGGGGGACCUGGCAGAAUUCUUGGAGAGAUCCCAGCCUGCCAUGACGGCUCCAAACACGGGCUGCCUCUUCUGGGAGCUGACUCUUGAGGAAGAAGCCCGGGAUCCUCUUGCAGGGUUUGGGGGCCAUGGCAGCUGGUACGAGAUCGUCCCUGCGAAGGACGACCUACUGAUAUUUGAGUCGUCUCGCCGCUCUACAUUGCUUAGGCGCUUCGCCGUGGCCAGCGAGACCUUCGGCGAGGCCCAAGAGCUUUCCUUGGCCGUGCAUGCGGCAGUGCCAUCCCCAGCGAGCCCCGAGAAGGCCUGCCUUCUUCACUGCCCAUCUCAUUGGGGCUCCGACCACCGGUAUGAGGUUUACAGCCUCGACACAUCGAAUCCCGACUCCUUCCCGGCUCUGGAGCCACUCUUUGUUUCGUCGGCCUCAAAGGCGGAGAAGGAAAAGCUGGUGGAGGCGGGCAUCGCGCAAAUUGCGCCCAAGCAACGGCAUGGGUUCAGCCUCGCACCGUACGACUGUAGUCUCUACUUCCUCUGUGGCCUGCAGCACUUCCCUGGUGAUGUCACGGGCUCGUUCGUCUACUGCUUCAGUUUGGAGGAACGUGAGUGGACGGAAGUGGAGUAUACUGGCACCUUCCCAGCGACGAAGCCGGGAGUGUCCUACCAGGGCUGUCGAUUUGGCCAGAGCUGCGUGGUGCAGGGGCACAGAGCUUGGAUCUUUGGUGGGUGUGUGAGCAACGAGGCCGGUGGCGUGCAGCCAACCAGUGGCCUUUUUUCCUUCGAUCUCGAGGAGCAUCACUUUGAGGAGAUUGCGGCGGCAUCGCCCAGCAACUGGCCUCCUGCAUUAACAGCCCAUUCAUCAGUGGCAUUUGACGGCAAAGUCUUCGUCUUCGGCGGUGGUGACGGCGCACAAGACGUGUACUGUUACGACGUCGGAAAGUCUAGCUGGGCACUGCUGCCACCGCUCCUCCUUGGGCCCCGACCUUGCGACGGCCGAGUCGCGCACGCCGUGGCGGACGGUUAUGUAGUGGCCUACCAGCAGACCGAGGGCUCAGACCCGGCAUCCGAAGAGCCAAACGUGGCACACAGCCUUUUUCGCAUCACCCGUGAGCAGCUGAGCCGGAGGGCAGAGACAAGUGCCCGUGACUUCCGAGACCACAAGCCCGAGGGGAUGAGUGAUUUGUUAUGUGCUGUUCGGCACGUGCAGCGGGAGGGUGGCCAGAUGCCCGAGCACGCAGGCCUUCUUGCGGAAAUUGAGAGCACGAAGGAGCAAGUUCAAGCGGCCGAGGUCAGGAACCAAGAGCUCUGUGUGCUGACCCGUGAGGCAGAAAAGCGACAGAGGCUGAGGCGCGAGCUGGACGUUCAGAGGACCAUCUUAGCAAACAGGCAACGCCUGAAUGCCUUGGAAUCACUCUAUCGCCAUGAAGUUGAUCGUGAUGAAGAUGGGCCUCACUGUCUCACGGCAGGGCCGCGCAGUCAAGCUGUCGCCUCCAAAGAGCACCCACAAGACGCCAGUGGUGGAGAACGUACAAACUGUGCGCACAAGGUCGCCAAGGGUGAGUAUGUUUGGCAGAUCGACAGCUUUUCAUGGUCUCGGCUGCGUUUGCGGCAGUCUGGCCUGUUUUGUGUAGUGUCCAAGCUCUUCAAGGUCGGUGGUUACGAGUUUCAAUUCGUGUACCAACCAGAUGGAGGCAUCGUGAACUGCACCUUGUCGCAACGAGGAUCCCUCGCCAUCAUCUUCUGGGGCUCGGAUCCAAUUGUCCUGCGCUACCGGAUUUAUAUCAAGGCGCGAAGUGGAGAGUUCGUGCAGUGGGGAGAGCUUCGCGAGGAACUGCACGAUGUGGAUGACGGGCCUCCAACAGCAUACGGCCCGGAUGUGCAUGAGGCAGAAAACGCCCCUGCGUCUCUUGGCAUCUUUGGUCUGACACACCAGCAGCUGCUACAGUCAACGUGGGUCGACAAGGACACGUUGACGGCAAAGUUCGUACUGGAAGUCCACCCAGUGGGAACGUUCGAGACACAGCCUCUGCUCACAAAUGUGGAGGUACCAGGGUCAACCCUGCAUCAGGACACACAAGCCUUGUGGGAGAAAGGAACCGGCAGUGACGUACAGUUCAUGGUGCAGGGUGUGACCCUCCAGGCUCAUUCACAUAUCCUUUCUGCACGCUCUCAUGUUUUCGAGAAGCAGCUGGCUAGUGGCAUGCAGGAAUCUGCCUCAAGGGUGGUUGUGAUCGAAGACUCCGACCCCGACACCUUCAAGUGCCUUCUGCAGUUCCUGUACACAGACAGCUUGAAAGGCAUUGAGGACUUGAUGGCCAAGACUGGCGGCAAGAACGAAAUGGGCAACCCGCGACUGUCUCAAACACAGGCGCUGCUUGCUGUAAGCCACAAGUACGAGGUGACACGUCUUCAGAGGUGGUGUGAGAUGCGACUUUGCGAGCACCUUUGCACUUCCGAGGUUUGCAACAUACUCUCUCAGGCGCACCUGCUCGAAGCCGCGCAGCUCGAGAAGGCCUGCUUGGUUUACAUAAAAGACCACAUACAAGAGGUGCUCAAGUCGCCGGCCUACAUCGAAUUGCUGAAAUCUUGGCCUCAGAUCGGCUUGAAAGUCAGCCUCUUCGCGGCAGGCGUGCCAGAAGCAGAGGCAGCAGAAGCCAUCAAUGGCUUCAAAGGUUCUGCGACGGCCGGUAAGCGCAAGCGCGCGGAGGAAGAGCUCGACUUUCUCCUGGAUGAGGCGACUGCUGACGCAGCCUUUCUCAUCGAUGAUACGAAACUUCCCGUUCACCGCGCCGUGCUGCGUCGCUUCGCGCCCGCGCUGGCGAAGGUGGUGGCAGAAAAGCCCGUUGUGGCACUGAAUGGAAAGGGCGUGACCAUUCCAGCAGUGCAGCAUCUGCUUCAGCAUGUCUACUCCCGCUACAUGGACCCUGUCAGCCCCGCGGAGGCGGAAAUGCUUCUGAAAUUGGCACAUCACUUCCAGCUGAUGCCACUGGUGCAGCUUUGUCAGGAGAACAUA